AUGGGCAAUCAAGUCAUGAUAAAGACACGAAUCAGCUUUCUCGCCAGGAAGCAAAUGCCAGGACGCGAUCCACAACCGAUCGUCAUUCCUGUAAUUACUAACAAGGAGGCAGCACCUGAAGAUCUUGAGGAUAAUCCUGUUUGGUAUCAGGGAUGUUAUUCUGAACAAGAAUCAUCUCUUGUUUUGACCUACACAAUUAUAGAUAGUAGUAAUGAAUUGACAGCUGCCAUUUGUUGUAAUCAAUGCAGACAAAGAGGAUACCAAUAUGCUGGCAUAUUAAAUGGUACUCAAUGUUCUUGUGGUUAUUCCUUUUAUUCAACAUUAACUCCAUUAGAUGAGGAAUUGUGCCAUGCAAGGUGCUUUGCUGAUACAGUGCAGCCAUGUGGAGGAGAUAAAGCAUUUAGUUUGUACUCAGUGUUAGGAUAUGAUGCUACAAAUGUAUCUUUAAUAUAUUUUACAUGGGAUGUAUCUGGUAGUAUUACAAGUAAACAAUCAUCAAUAGAAGAUACCACUAUUUCUUCCAAUAUACUACAUACAUUUCAAGAUGUAGGAACAUACACAAUAGGGGUUACAGUUCACCAUACUAUUUCUACAACCUUUGAAAGAUAUGUUAAUAUCACAGUAAUUGCACCAAUACCAGCUGGUUUGGAAAUUGGUCAUGUUCCCGGUUCCAGGUCAAUUCCUUCAUGUAUACCAGAACAUAGUGCAAUACCCGAUAAUACCCCAACAGUAUCUGGUUUUGUGGACACCGCAAUUCAUUUGCAGGCCUCUGUAGUGUUUGGUGUCAAUUUGACUUUUAAUUGGGCAAUCAGUGAUGAUGACAGGGUGAUUACAUCAUCUCCUUACAUGGAUGAUUCACAGUGCACAGGCAUGGGAUGUUUUAAAGACUUACAGAUGCAUACUUUUAACACUACUGGGCUAUUUACCAUCAGUGUUAAUGUGUCCAAUCAUCUUGGCAGUGUUGCUGAGACGCUUUGCAUUGUUGUGGUGGAUAAAGGGCAUUCAAACAUUACCAUUACAAUGGAAUCACCUUCCUAUUAUGUUAAAGUAUUUGACACAUCUGUAAGAUUUGCUGUUUCUAUAGUAACUGCACAUCGCCAGGACAGCACGAUGUUCAUCAACUUUCAUGAUGGAAUAUCUCAUGAAUAUUCAUUACAUGAUGGCAACCAAACUGAUUCCAUGACACAAUGGUAUGAACCAAACUAUAUUCAUAUCACAUCCAGUUAUGGUAUAGGAUGUACUUUGAACUUACAGUUUGAGCACAGAUAUUUUGAGCCAGGAAUCUACAAUACAACAGUGGAAGUUACGAGUAUUCAUGACCAUCCAGAAUUUGCUAGUUUACCGCAGUAUAUUAUAGCACAGGAGGCUAUUGCUAGUUACCCUACUAUCAACAUUAAUCCCUGGGUAGUAGCUAACCAAGACAUCAAUGUAACAGUGACUUUGACUGUUCCAGCGGAAAUUAUAUUGUAUGAUUGGGCAGUAAAUGGAAUUGGUAUAAAUAUCUCUGAAAGUGUCCAGCACACUGAGAACACAUUUCAUUACAACUUUCCUGAAGCUGGAUUAUAUUCACUAAGUGUGAAUGUUUCUAACUAUGUGAGUUUUCUCACUGCAUAUGUGGAAGUCACAGCUUUAGAAAUGAUUGUAGACUUACAAUUGGAUGUUGGUGGUAGCGAAGUUAUAACAACUGGGGACACUGUCUCUGUCCUGGCAUUAGUCACUGCUGGGAGUGAUAUACAGUUCAUCUGGGAUUUUAGUGAUGGCUCAGAUGAUGUGACAAUAUCCGAUGAAGACCCUCCCUCUGCAGACUAUGUAGCUGCACAGAGAAGCAAUCACACAUAUACCAUGCGUGGUGUGUAUGAUUUAGUGGUAACUGUACAGAACUUAAUCAGCUCAUAUGAAGUUUAUCUAGAAGACCAAUAUAUUGUACAAGAUGCAGUAGAAGGACUGCUGCUAUCAGGAGGCCAUCCUACCAUACUGGGUAAUAGAACUGAAAUCUAUGCACAUCUGUAUGAAGGAAGUGAUAUCAGCUUUGAUAUUGAUGUUGGUAAUGGACGAAUACAAGCUGAUGUUGUUGGAAACCCUGACAGUUCUUGGACUAUCUACUAUACCUUUAAUGCUACAGGAUCAUUCAGAGUUACCAUGUAUGCUUAUAAUAAUGUGUCUAUGGAAUCAGAUACUGUGUCUGUAUUGGUUCAAGAAGACAUAGAAUCAGUGACUGUUGAGUUAUAUACAGAAGCAGUUAUUGGAGUUGAAGUGCCAGUAACAGCUUUAAUUGAUGAUGUUAUUUCAGCACGUACUGAUUUGAUAUAUAACUGGAACAUUGAUGGCAUAUCAUUGCUAACACAGAUUCCUGUUAUUGGUUAUACAUUUACAAAUAAUACACACUUAAAGGUCACUGUGAAUAAUUUUGUUGCCAGACAGAUAGCCGAAAUAGAUGUCAGUGCAGUUACUACAUCCAAUAUGUACUUGACCCAUGCUGUAAGCAUAGAAGUUGAGAGAAAUGUUACAUUCACAUUAAAAAACUCUCAGUCCAGUACCCUUGAUGUUAGUAUUGACUAUGGUAACGGUGUUACACACAAUAUCUCCAGUGGAUUGACAGGAGAGGAUUAUAGCUGGGUGUAUGUUUAUCCCAUUACUGGGAUCUUUGAGGUUACUACCAAUGUCACACAUGGAGGUGUUGUCAACACGUUUACAAGCAUUAUUAGUAUUCAAGAAGUAAUCACAGGUUUGGAAUUGAUGGGUUCCUCAGCUGUUAAAUUCUACAGGCCUUUCAAGGUACUACAUUGGUUUGCUUCAACCAUCAAUGGAACCGCAGUGAUAUACAAGUGGACAAUAACACCAUUAUACGUAGACACUGAUGCUUAUGUAUCUGGUGUGAAUUCAAUAUCUUGGACAUCUGUUCACGCUAGAAAAUCGCAUCUCUUCAGGACCCCAGGUGUAUAUAAUGUUUCAUUGACUGUUUCUAAUGCAUUAAGUUCCGUCUCAACUUCCAUGGUUACCAUUCUACAAGAUCCAAUCAAACACCUUGAUGUUUCCAUAGCAACUGUUCUCCAUGAAGAUCCAUCUGUGUUUGUGAUCACUAUUAAAGGAGGAAAACACUUUGAUGUUGAUAUGAGUUUUGGAGAUGGCACAACUUUUUCUUUUAGCACUGAAACUGAAAAAAAUAUCACUGAAUUUUCUGAUUUUUCUGGGCAACUUCCUAAAUAUACAUAUCAUGUGGUGAAACAGUAUAUUAACAUUGGUCACUAUGACUGUGUUGUCAAUAUUUCUAAUGAUGUUUCAUUUGAAACAAAGUCAUUGGCUGCUAUUGUUGAUGAACCAAUCUCUGGUCUGUUGUUUACUUCUGUGUUACCUCCUGUGAUGUCUCUGUAUGAUGAAUUGACAAUGACAGCAGAGGUUGCAACUGGUACAGACGUUGUAUUCAACUGGAAUUUCAACGAUAAUUCUGUUGUUCAAACACAUGGUCAUUCAAGUACUGCAAGACACAAGUUUUCAAGUACUGGUACUUUUAAUGUCUCAGUGAGCGUACAAAAUAUAAUGUAUGACGAACCAAUCAUGCUGCAGUAUCCUUACAGCAUCAUUAUUCAGGAACCAAUCACGUAUGCGGAUGUGACACCGAUGAACACGAACCAUGCAGAGUUGUCCAAUGAUCUUAAUGCUACAACACAGGUGAUAGAUUUCCAAGUAUUCGCUGAUGGGUUUCCGGUUGUUUUUGAAAUUAAUUAUGGCGAUAAUUCUGCUACUGAAAUAAUAGUUGGAGAAAUACGUACAUAUCUUGGUGUAGUUGUGACUGGGCAUCAUACAUAUUCCAGUGAGGGAGAAUACACAGUUUGUGUGACAGCCAUAAACCUACUCGGUAAUGUAUCAGUCUGCAUGAUGGAGCUUUUUAAAGUUCAAGUUGCACCCCAUGGAUUGUCAACUGACAAUACUCAGUACAUUACUAGAUUUGGGAAUACCACUGAUUUCCAGCUGUUCUUGGAAGGUGGAACUGAUGUACAUUUUGACUGGAUAAUGGGUGAUCAGACUGUGUAUGUUGAUGCAGGUACGAGUGUCAGUCACCACUACUUGACGGAUAGUGACUAUGUUGUUACAAUAACAGCUUACAAUGACGUAGGAACAAUAUCCACACAGGUGUAUGCAUCUAUCUUGAGUGGUGUACAAGGGGUUGAAGUAGAAGUUGAUAAAGAUUUAUGGUCAACUGGUUCUGAUGUAACAUUCACAGCAGUCACAUUAACAGAUGCAACCCGCUGGUUUAUUUGGGAUAUGGGAGAUGGUAGUAGUACCUCACAGACUGUAAUUAAUGAGAAGGUGUAUACAUACACUGGUUCAGGAAUAUUCUAUGUGAGUGUGACAGCAGCAAACGCAUUGAGUAGUGUGACUUCUCCACCAGUUGAAAUUCACAUUGAAUCAGCUGUGGAUGACUUGGACAUAUGGAUUCAUAAUAACCCAACUCUGAUUGGCUCAGCAACAAAAUUCUAUCCUGAUUUGUUUGCUGGCAGUGACUUGACAUUUGAAUGGGAUUUUGGUGAUAACCAAUCACUGUCUACCAAUGAAUACAGUGUGGAACAUAAAUAUACUAGCACUGGUGAAUAUUUAGUGACCUUAUAUGCACACAAUAGAGUAAGCAGUGCAACCAUCCAAUCAACAGUGUUCAUAUUGGUUGAGAUGUGUAAACCACCAUUGUUGAUCAUUCAUAACCCAUAUUCAAAAUGGUUGAGAUGUAAAGACAUACACAUAGAAGUAGAUGCAACUAUUGAUUGUGAAGUGACUGCUCAAACUAACUAUAGAUGGAGUAUUUUACAAGAUAACCAAGAGAUCACAUUAAAUAAUGAAGCUAUAUUGUAUCAGAGAAUUUUAUUCAUCCCAAGUAAAACAUUAGACUAUGGUACAUAUACUAUGAGCUUAAAGGUUGAAAUGAAUAGUACUAUAGUGUACUCCAUAAAAGAGACAAUAGUGGAGGUGGUUCCUACACCAUUGGUAGCCAUUAUUGCAGGAGGAACAAGUCGUGUUGUUGGUAGUGAUACAAUUGUACAGUUGGAUGCUACUUCAUCCUUUGAUCCAGAUUUCCCUAUUGAAGGAGGACUCAGCUUUAAUUGGACUUGUAGCCUUUUGACGUCUCCAACUGUUUCAUGCUUUAAGGAAGAGUUACUGGCUAACAUGUCAUCACCACUAGACACCAAUGAUAGCUCUAUUUCAUUCUCAACUUCAUUGCUUCUUCAAGAUCCUUUAGUUUCCCUGGUCUUCUGGUUAAGAGUUAGCAAAAAUGGACGUGAUGAUGCAUAUACAAGUCAAGUAUUGGAAGUUGUACCGGGCAAACCACUCAAUGUGAUGAUGAGCUGUCCUCUGUGUUGGAAAGAUGUUAAUGCUAAUAAUGAGUUGACAUUCAAUGCUGAGUGUGUUGAUUGUUGGGAUGAUGUUACCUAUACAUGGACAAUGUUUGUUGUCCUUGAUGGUAGUGGUACUAAUUCCUUACCAGCAUCUCAUCGUUGUGUGACUGCCGAUGGAAGAGACUACGUUCAGCUAAUUAUUUAUCCGAAUAUUACAGAUGAGUCUACAAGCAUGUCAAAUGCAAUAGAUGGCAAUGCAGUCUAUGAUGAUGGUAGUGAUUAUUCUGGUCCAUAUUCUAACAUUAUCUAUGAUGGAGAUGUUGAUAAUACAGGGAAUCCUAACAGUGAGGUUACACCUCAACCCUUUGGUGGUAGUGGUGGUAUAAUUGAUGCUGAAGAACAGAGUGAAGAGCCCAGAGGGGAUUCAAACAGCAACAUUGGUGGAGGCGUGGUAGAGGAAGAAGAAGAAGAUGGACGUGGCACUGGAAAUGGAGAUACAGGCAAUAAUGACGAGAGUGGUGAUGAAGGUACUGGGGAAGGCGAUGGUGAUGAUAAUAACGGUGACCAAGUACGGGAUGAGAAUAUAGUAGUAGUAUAUGAAGAACACAUUGCAAGUAAAGCAGUCCAAGCUAAAAGGUUACUGGUGUCAGAGACAAGUACUGGAUUACAUGGACAAUCAUUGGUAAUAAAUGAUGGAGUAUUAGAUGAAGAUAGGACCUAUGUAGUGGUUGUGACCAUGUCCAGCUCUGAUGGAAGAGGUGCACAUAAAGUUGAACGGGAGGGACUUGCCAACAUUUACUUCACUGUGAAUAAAGGACCUAUGUGGGGGAAAUGUACAUUACUGCCAGAGAGUGGAGUAGAAAUGGAUACAGUGUUUACAAUAUCAUGUCAAGAAUGGGUAGAUGAUCAGCAACCACUAAUGUAUCAAAUUAGUUAUAGUAUUGGUAGUGCUGGAUCAGAAGAAUUAUUGUAUUAUGGAAUGAAAUCUUCUGUUAGUUUCCAGUUACCUGCAGGGGAUCCAAAUAAUAAUAACACAGAGGGUUUGCACAUUUCCAUUGUGGAUAAUUUUGGUGGCAAGACUAAAGUGUGUUCAUUGGAAGUAACAGUGGAACCCAAACCACUUUCAAACUCUCCUGAGUCACUUCUUCAUAGUUAUGUUGCUGGUCCUGGAAGUACUUUAUACAUUUACAUGCAGAAUGGUGAUGAACAGAGUGUGCAGUUAUAUGUUAGGAUGGUGUCUUCUAUGAUAAACAGAUUACAACCAUUAAAUCCUAAUAGUUUGAAUUAUACACAAAAUUUGAAUACAAGGCAAGAAAUUCGACUUGCAUUGCUGUAUGCCAUUGAUUAUUUGACAGUACGUGAUUCUAAUGAUGUCUUACAGUAUUCUAUGAUUCUGAUAACUAUUACUGAUUCGCCCAGUGAGCUGUCUGUUAAUGCUAUGAUGCUUGCUGCUGAAUUGGUUGAACGUAUGGUGAACGUUGUUGUCUUGGAUGAUAGCAUAUCUAAAGUCACCAGUCAAAGUGUAAUUGGUUGUAUCGCUAUGGUAACAUCAAAUUUACUGGAAGCAUCUGAUGGUAGUUACACUGUAGUGCCACCUGGAAAGAAGAAAUUCAUCAUUACUAAAAUUGUUGGAUCAAAUGAAGACUUGCUAAAGGCUCAUCAAACUCUUCAGGCGAUUGAUGAAGCUGCCUUAGAAAUAGAAACAGACAAUCUUGACAUAUACAGUGGUUGUCAUAGCCAAGUGUCAUCUGUUGCUGUUACCAAAGGCAGAACAUCAUUCCAGUUCCCAAGUAACAUGAAUGAAGUAUUGGCUGAUCUUGGUGACAAUAUGAUAAAUAAUUGUUAUAGUCUUCAGUUGAUGUCUUUUAGAGGUAAUCCUUAUACAUGGGAUGAAACUUCUGCCAAGGUUGCUAGUGAUGUAUCAUCAUUUGAGUUAUUAACCUGCAGUGGUUCUAAUUUAGCCAUUGAGAACCUCCAGUAUGGGAUCACCAUUCACCUACCAAGGACACCACAACUGAGUGAAAAUCUUGGCAAUUUCACAUUUGACAAAUCAUUUCUGAAUUACCAUGAAUUCAAUGUUACUAGCGAAAAUAUGGAGCAGUCAUUUCAUCUGUUAAUAGAGUUAAUACCAAUUAUUCAAAGAGGAUUUCCCAUCAAAUUACUUAUGAGAUAUGGAGAGCCACCAACGCCAUAUGAUUUUAUACUGGAGAGAUUGUAUGAUGAAGAUGCAAACCUGAUGACAUUAUUCUUCAAAGCUGGUUACUUUAAUAGUACUGGUACAUACUACCUUGGUCUAAUGGAUGGUGAAUUUGGUGAGUACAGAUACCGACCGGAUUCAGUGACAGUCAGACAUUAUACACUCAAACUGUGGUGGGGUGAAUGUUUAUACUGGAGUAAAGAAUCCGAGAAUUGGCUAAAUGAUGGUUGUGAUACAAUGGAAAGUUCAACAUUUGACGUCACUCAUUGUAGAUGUAGCCAUCUUACCAACUUUGCUGGUGGAUUUUCCCAAACGGAACAGGAACUGAGUUUUGCUGAUAUUGAUCAGUUUAACAGCGUGGAAGUGAACCCAGUUGUGUAUUCAUUUGUUGUUUUUGUUGUUGGUAUUUAUUUAAUCUUGUUGAUUGUUUGUUACCUUGGUGAUGUGCAUGAUGAUAAAAAGAGGGGUGUGGUUUAUCUGCAAGAUAACCAGCAAUCUGAUCAACAAUGUUAUGAAAUUACAGUAGAGACUGGAUUCCGUUCUGGUGCUGGUACUACAGCUAAAGUCAGUCUAGUUCUUCAUGGAGAGUUAGGCCAUUCAGAAACUAGAGAGCUUACUGAUGAGAAACGACCACUUUUUGAGAGAAAUUCCAGAGAUAAGUUUAUUGUUAGUGUUCCAGAAACAUUAGGUACAAUAUACAAACUCCAAGUGUGGCACAAUAAUGCUGGUUCAUCGCCAAGCUGGUUUCUGAGUAGAAUUAGUGUUCGUGAUCUGAUUAAUGGGCAGAAAUGGUAUUUUAUUUGUGAGAAAUGGUUUGCAGUAGAAGAAGAUGAUGGCAAAGUAGAGAGAGACAUUUACCCCCAAGACUAUGGUGUAGGAUUCCAAAAGGUUUUUUAUGCUAAAGGUUCACAAUAUUUUGCUGAUUAUCAUUUAUGGAGUUCAGUCUUCACAAAACCAUCUCAUAGUAGAUUCACUAGAGUGCAGAGGCUGACAUGUUGUCUUGCAAUAUUACUCACAUUCAUGUGUAUCAUUGGUACAUGGUAUAGAUUCAAUGAUAGACCAGAGUGGUCAACACAUCUGGGAAUUAUUGAUGUUUCAAUAGAAUCUCUUGUUGUUGGCAUAGUUACAGCAUUAAUGGCUUUACCUGUAAAUGGACCAAUUGUCAUGCUAUUCAGAAGAAGUAAGAGUAUGGUAAAUAGCAGUAAAGAAAGUCUUCAUAUUGAUCCAGCUAUCAUAAGUGAUGUACACUCAACUCAAGAACAGACACAUAUUGCUACUCCAAUUCUAUCACAAUAUGAUUCUGCAAGUUGUUCAAGUGGAUUUGGUGAUCUCAAUAGUGAAGACAGAAACAGACUUGUGGCUGACAAUAAAUUGAGUGGUACUGAUACCAACAGUGUAGUAUCCACUGUAUAUGAUAAACACCAUUCACUGGACCAUAAAAAGUUUAAGAAGAUUUAUGUUCCUCACUGGUGUAGAUAUAUUGCAUGGUUUCUAGUAUCCCAAGUCAUUUUCUGGGCUGCAUUCUUUGUGAUAUUCUUUGGUAUAAGAUUUUGUAAAUCCAAGUCUGUGAUGUGGAUUCAAUCGCUUUAUUUCUCAAUUUUACAGUGUGUAUUUGUUACACAACCACUAGUGAUUCUCACUGUAACACUAAUCCGGUCAUUCCAGUACCGGAAUGAUAUCCGUGUAUUCGAUCAUGCUGAUGAUAACACUGAAUUGUUGGAACCUGGAGAUUUGCCUAAAUCAAGACUUGAUUACUAUGCAGAUGAAGAUGAUGAUGAUGACUUAUCUAAGGGAAUUGCUGCUAGACAAAGAUCCAGAUAUCUUCGCUUUGCCAGACCACCACAGAAAAAAGAAUUACAGAAAGCCAAAGAGAGAAUGAUGAAAGAAAAGACAAUGUAUUCCAUUCUUAAGGGUUGUUUAUUCUACUGUAUACUCUUUACAUGUGUAAUGUUAAUGUGUUAUGGCAAGUUUCAUAAUCAUCAUAUUUUGCUGAAUAAUGCUGUGAAAAACACAUUUGUUAGAACACCACAUGCAUUCACAAGCAUUCAAUCCAUUCCUGAUUUCUGGGCUUGGUGUGAAAAUGACCUGAUGGAUGGCUUAUACUGGGAUUCCUGGUACAGCGGUGGCCAUCAAGAAAACAGAUCUAUUAUGGGAGGAAGUCACAUACUACUAGGGAAAGUGUCAGUACGACAACUACGUGUAUCUGAUGACUCAUGUAGCAUUCUUCCUGGUAUGAACGGGAUAGUUAACGAUUGCCGUGGCACAUUCUCUGAUUCCAGUAAUUCUAAGAUGCCAUAUGGACCGAAUGAAACUUGGAUGUAUCAAGAUACUAGUCAUAUUGUGAGAUAUUGUAAAUGGGGACGAUUUGGUUACUAUGAUGGUGAAGGAUUUGUUACUAAUCUCAACAGCACAAGAAUGGCAGCAGCUGAACAACUGUCGCAACUAAAAGAAGAUAACUGGAUAGAUGUACAUACUCGAUUAGUCAUAGUGGAAUUUACUUUAUAUAAUCCUCCUACAAAUCUAUUCACGUCUGUAGCAUUAGUACUAGAAUUGCCUGGUACUGGUGGGAUAUAUCCAUUACCAAUGAUAUCAUCCAUUAUGUUGUACAGAUAUGAAACAUUCUUUGACUACUUCAUCAUGGUCUUAGAGUUGAUGUUUCUUGCACUGGUUGUUUACUCUGCAAAAUGUGAAGUUGGUAUGGCUAUCAAAGAGAAGAAGGACCACUUUUUGAGAAUAUGGGCAUAUAUUGAGAUAAUUUUUAUCCUGUCAUCGUUGACGUUCUUUGCAUGCUAUGUAUAUCGAUGUGUGUAUGUAAACCAAAUAAGUGAAAGAUUACAAGCUACAUAUCAUGAAGAAUUUGUUGAUAUGUCAUUCCUAGCACUAUGGGAUCAGAUAUGGUAUACUGUCAUAGUGGCUAUCUAUAGUGGUGUUGGUGUGAUUGUAUUUGGAACUGUAUCAUUGGCAUUCAGUCAUUUUGGUUAUGCAGUACAAACUAUGACUUCAACCAUCAGAGGAGCAUAUGAUUACAGUGAACUCAAGAAAGUGUAUCCAAUAGCUGUACCAGUGUUUUAUAUAAGUUAUUUUUUAACUUUGCUCAUACUUUUGCUUGGAAUGGAGUUUACGAUGGCUGAGUUUGAAUAUCAAGUGGAUGAGUUAGAAUUCCGUAUAAAUGCUAUAACACAUCAACAUGGUUUAACAGAGAAACCAUUCAGUUAUUUUGAUGACAGCGAUGGAACCUAUGGUAUUGGAGAUGAUGGAAUAUCUAGUGGUGGAUCUGAGAUGCGAAUAUUCAAUGAUGCUAAAUUUGAAGAAAGAAUACAAAAGAUAGAGGACAGUCUUUAUGGACACAAUCCUGAAUUACGAGAACUUGUUGAAUACAGCCAGUUUGAGGAUGAUAGGGAAAAUCAACUCAGGUCAGAACUUGAAUUAGAAAUCUUCAGACAACUUCAGCUGCAUAGGCAGGAUGGACAUCUGAAGAUGGAACAGCAUGACAGUGGUAGAGAUUCAGUAUCUGAUCCACAGGAAAUGCUGGUUGAUGAAACAUCUACAUCCCCUCUGCCUUCAUUGAAAAACAGUAGUGGUAAAAUUGCAUUUCCAAAACCAUUGGCACCAAUAGGGCCCCUAGAUGCAUUACAGAAUCUCACUGAUGACACAUCAGUGAAGAGUGCAGAUACAAGACACACUUUUAUUAAAGUUAAACCACAAACAAACAGUUAUACUGAUGAUAUAGACCAGCUGUGUGGUAUUUUCAACAGUGAAAAUGACAGUAUAUCAUCUCAAGUAGGUGGUAAACAACCCUGCAACAGUGUCAAAACACAAGUCUUACCCAAGCUUUAUUCAAGAUAUGACAGUUCCACAUCGGGAUAUAACAGCGACAACAUUCCAAAAUCUACUAGUAAAACAACUACUCAAUAUUUACAAAAAGUUCCACCAGAAGAAUUAAUACGAGAUGAACCAUCUAAUUCAGCAGGAAGUGAUUCACAAAAACUAUGUGAGAGUUUCCCAAUGCUUAACGCUCUAUUUUCAUCACAUGAUAAUCUAUAUGAGUCAUCAUCAGAGGAUGAAAUUACACAACUAACCUCACAGAGACCUAAAACAUGCAAAGAACCUGAAGGAAGGAGACGACUCCGCAAAACUAAAACACGUGGAAAGGGAAAAGGAAAACGGAGAAUGAUGGUAGAAGAUGAUGGAAUAACAUUCAAUGAUGAGUGUUUAGUUUCUGAUACAGACAAUGAUAUACCAACAAUACAAAUGUAUCCUUAUGGUACCAGUAAAGAUUGUUGGUGA